AUGGCUUCUACCAUGGCCGCAAAUGCAACCAGCGCACACAACGUGCGCUCGAAUCGGGCUUCCAACAUGAGUUCAUCCGGGAUGAACGACCGCACUCGCGGGUCACAGAGUAACAGUGUCGGCAAAGGCUUCGGCGCUGGCAAGGCCAGCUGGAACAACAACAUCUGGGGGGACUCUAACCUGGGAGGAUUCGGAGAUGAUCAACACAUCAGCGAGACUGGAUUCGAAGGAAAGUCCGGAUCAGGUUCCCUGCUGUCGACAUCAGAGUCCGACGGCUGGUCAGGCCGUGCCAACUUGCCAUGGAGCACCGUCAACACCAACCCCUCGUUCCAAAACAGAGGUCUGGCUACAUCUCCCAUUCAGACUCGUGUCAAUGACCGGAGCGCUCCCGCCUUGACUGAGGCCAAUGAUAGCUCCUACUUUGCCCUACCCCGCACCACGAGUAUCAGUACUGCUGGUGCCACCGCGAGCCACAGACCCUACCUCAAUGCUGGGUCUGAGGGUGUCUCACCUUCCGCUGAGGGUAUCUCGUUUGGUGGCUUCGCUAGCCGUCGCCAGAUGAACUCUACUGGCCUCGGUGGCAGCCCCGUGGGAAGCACUUUCCCCGUGAAGCCUGGCUUCUCAAGCCCUCUCGAUGGUGCAGGCACAGAUGGUAUGGGAGCUUCCAUGGGCAUGGGAUCGCUAGCAGCUGGUAUCUCUGAGCACAUGUCGCCUCCCCAGGGUCGCACAUCCAUUUCACACGCCUCUCACAACUCAGCUUCUUACUCGAACCAACGUCCUGCUCACUCCUCCCACCCAUCCUUCUACUCCGACAACACCAGCGUCGACGGGCGCUAUGCCGGUGGCUCAAUGGACUUGGGCGCUGGAUUGAGCAAACUGCAGUUGAAUGAAAGCACCUACACGUCGCAGGGAGUCCAGCGACCCGCAUUUGUUCCGCACGCCUCGUUCGAUGGCAGCUUCCCCCGGGCGAAGUACCAGACCAACGAAGAUGCUUACCAGACACUUGGUUACUCUGCUGAGGCAGCCCAGGAAAUGCACAUUGCUUACCAGCAGGCACGGUCCCGAGCCGCCAACACUGGGUCAAUCUCACCUUCUGACUAUGCCCGCAUGGACAGCCCCAUCUAUGCAAGCAUGGAGGGCUCUGCUCAGUUCCGCAACGCAGCUGGAAAUGAGAGCCAGGCAGCGGCGUUUGAACGUCGACUCCGAGCCUUCCAGGAACAGGAGCUUGCGCAGAGUUCCUCGCGAAUGCAAUACCCUCCGUCUUACGACUUCCAAGCUUACCAGGCUUCGCGUUUGAACGCUCUCUCUGGUUUCUACCCAGUUGCCCAUCUCAGUGGCCUCGGUGCUGCUGCACUGGUAUCGCGUACUCAGCGUGAACACGACCCGACACAGGUCGUUCGCAGCCCGCUUCUCGAGGAAUUCAGAGCCAACAGCAAGGGCAACAAACGGUACGAGCUGAAGGACAUCUACAACCAUGUCGUCGAGUUCAGCGGUGAUCAGCACGGCUCUCGUUUCAUUCAACAGAAGCUAGAGACUGCGAACAGUGAUGAGAAAGAACAAGUCUUCCGAGAGAUCCAGCCCAACUGCCUUCAGCUGAUGACCGAUGUCUUCGGUAACUACGUUGUGCAAAAGUUGUUUGAGCAUGGCAACCAAACUCAGAAGAAGAUCCUCGCCAACCAGAUGCGCGGCCACGUCCUGGCUCUAUCAACCCAGAUGUAUGGAUGCCGCGUUGUCCAAAAGGCAUUGGAACACAUUCUCACCGAUCAGCAAGCUGCCAUGGUGAAGGAACUGGAAAACCAUGUCCUGAAAUGUGUUCGUGAUCAGAAUGGAAACCACGUCAUUCAGAAGGCCAUUGAGCGUGUUCCCUCGCAGUACGUGCAGUUCAUCAUCAAUGCCUUCCGUGGUCAGGUCAACAGACUCGCCGCCCAUCCCUACGGUUGCCGCGUGAUCCAGAGAAUGCUGGAGCACUGCGAGGAGGUUGAUCGCCAGUCCAUCCUGGCCGAGCUUCACGCUUGCACCUCCAACCUCAUCCCAGAUCAGUUUGGCAACUACGUUAUCCAGCACGUUAUCGAAAACGGCGAUGAGAAGGAUCGAACUCGGAUGAUCGACAUCGUGAUGGGCCAGCUCCUUGCAUACUCUAAGCACAAGUUUGCUAGCAAUGUCGUGGAGAAGAGCAUUGAGUUCGGUGCAGAACAUGAGCGCAUCCACAUCAUCAGCACCCUUACCUCCUCGAAUGACAGAGGCGAGAGCCCUCUCCUUGGUCUCAUGCGCGACCAGUAUGGCAACUAUGUCAUCCAGAAAGUGCUCGGCCAACUGAAGGACGCAGAGCGUGAAGCUCUGAUCGAUGAGAUCAAGCCCCUUCUCAGCCAGCUGAAGAAAUUCAGCUACGGCAAGCAGAUUGUUGCCAUCGAGAAGCUCAUCUUCGACCCCAACUCUCCCGCCACUGGCACUUUGUCGCACACCUCGUCGACGACCCCUCCCAACUCGCACAAGUCUUCCCCGCAGCCCGCCAAGCGCUCUAUCCCCAUGGACCAGGCCCGGCCCCCUUUUGUGGGCAACGCUCCCCCCACCCCUCCCCCAAUGGAUCCUCAGACCACCGUUGAUAGCACCCUCGAGUCGAAGGGUCUCGCCAAGAGCACAGUGACAUCGGUUUCAAGUCCCGAGACUGGCAGCACCGGUGUUACCGUCCCGGUCGAUGUUACUAGUGCUCACUAA